AGACUGAUUAUGAUGUCUUUGUGCCUGUAAUACUUGUGUUAGUUGUACAGUAAAUCUCUGCACUGGCCCUGUCAUGCUCAAACCUUGUCCCAGUGACUCACACAAUCCUGUGAUGGUAUUGCUACAGGCUAAGAGGAGACUCCUGCUCACGGGGACUCCACUACAGAACAACCUGCUGGAGCUCAUGUCUCUACUCAGUUUCGUUAUUCCUUUCAAACAAUUCUCUGCUCAAAUCAGAAACACCUUCUCUAGAGCUAGGAGAGUGGACGAGUCGAGUGCCUACUACCAGGAGCAAGUGAGACAGGCCAAGCAGAUCAUGACACCCUUUACACUGCGGAGGCUCAAGUCACAAGUGCUGAGUCAGCUCCCGGCCAAGGUGUCCAGUACAGAGCAUUGUCAGCUGACAGAGACUCAGUGGACGUUGUACAGGGGCGUGGUGGAGAGGUCACUCAGGGUCAAUCAGGGCCGGCAUGGUGAUGAGCUCAACAAGAGGAUGGACGUGAUGGUAGACCUUCGCAAGGCCACCAACCAUCCCCUACUCCUGAGACACCACUACACUGACCACACCCUACACUGCAUGGUGAGGGCCAUCCUAAAGGAGCCCAGUCACAGAGAUGCUGCUCCCAACCUCGUGUGGGAGGAUAUGAGUGUAAUGUCAGACUUUGAGCUACACAACCUCUGCACACUGUACAAGUCACUAUCAGAAUACGCUCUACCCGGGAGCUUGGUGGGAAUGUCUGGAAAAUGUGAAUUCCUGUCAAAAAAAUUGUCACAACUGAAAAAGAAUGGUGAUCGUGUGUUGGUGUUCAGUCAGUUUACAAUGAUGCUCGACAUUCUUGAGAUGUUUCUACAGCAACAAGGCCACGCCCACCUCCGACUGGACGGCCAGACACCCGUCACUGAGAGGCAGGGGCUAAUAGACCAGUUCAAUGAACAGGAGAGCAUCUUCGUGUUCCUACUAUCAACAAGGGCUGGGGGUCUUGGCAUCAACCUCACCUCAGCCAAUGUGGUCAUCAUCCAUGAUAUAGACUUUAACCCCUACAACGACAAGCAAGCCGAGGACCGUUGUCACAGGGUCGGCCAGACCAGGUGCAUGGGCUUAAACUAGAUUAAACUUUGCUCAAGUGAAAGGUGUCUCAGUAAAAGAUGCUAUAGAAGUUGAAGAUGUAAUGUCCGAUUCAGAUUCUUCUCCAGAUUUGAUAAGAAACCAAAAACAGUUCCCUCGACCUAGACGCUCAGUGUACAUACAGAGUGACAGUGACUCAGAUGUACCCUCCAGCAAUGAUAGACCUCGUGCAAUUGAGCUCAAAGAAUCAUCAGAAUGGCUUAGCAGCUCAAGAAGAAAGCUCCAGAAGUUUGCAUUUCAGAAAAGCAAGAUUACAAACGAUUCAGAAGAAAUAAAAAUGCACAGUGAAGCCGCUAGAAACUGUAAGAAGGUCAAGAAAAGAAUAUUAAUAGAAAGUAGCGAUAGCGAUGAUGAUCGUAGUUCAUCAAAAACAAAGUUGUCGUCAAUGGAAACCAAACAAAGUGUACAGUCUUGUGACACUACUGCUGAUGUGGUGGAGUUGACUGAUAGUUAUCGUGAUGAGUACAGUGGGUCAGAAUCAGAGGAAGAUGGUUAUUCCGUCAAACAGAAGAAGUCAAUCCUCAAGUUUAUGAAUGAUUCCUCCCUGGAUGAGCUGUGUGAUAUUCCACGCUGCUCUGUUACCAAGGCUAAACUGAUUGACAAACAUCGACCCUUUGAAACUUGGAAGCAUUUGGUGAGGGACUGUGCUAUUAGUUGAUAAUCG